AUGAACAAAGAAGUCCUUGAAGUGGUCUUGAAGAAGUUGGAAAAGGAGUCUAGGAUUGCUUCAAUUAUAGAUCUUCAGUCAGUACCAGCUUUACCAAAAGGGGAAAACACCACCUCCACCAUCUUGAGAGUAACAUUGAAAGUGAUCUUGGGCAAUGGAAGGCAAGCUAAGAAGUCCUUCAUUAUGAAGCAGAUGAUUACAGAAGGAAUAUAUUCUGUAAUACACAAAGAGAUGACCUAUUUAAUGGAAGAAUUCGAAGACACGGAAGAAACUCUUUGGUGUAAAUUCAUUCACUUUGACCCGCACUCAUCUUCUAUCCUGCUAGAAGAUCUAAAGGUAUGUGGUUACAGUUUGGUUCCUAGACAGAAAGGUUUGGAUUUGGACCAUGCUAUCCUCGCUCUUAGAGGUUUGGGGAAGUACCACGGAAUGGCUAAGGUUCUAGAAGAGAGAGGAAUCAUCUCCAAAGACGAAUACAAACCUUGGUUUUGGUUAAACGACUUAAAACCUGUCAAAUGCAUUCUUUACGGAGGUAUUUCAAACCUAGCUAAGCCCACAGUUCGUCGAAGUAACUACGAAUUCCUGCUGAAGACUUACCACGACUCCUUGGUGAGAACUUUGGACAAGUUUGGUUUCACUGGUACCAAGCCAACUCUUGAAGAAAUUACUGAUACAAUGAAGCGUGUGGAAUUAUUCGGACUGACGUUUUUCGCAGCAUUACACCCUUCUAUCAUAUGUUCAUCGACAGAAGCUUUCGACAUCGAGCUGGUUCUGACGUCUGAAGGAGAAAAAGGAUUCAAUGAAGACAUUUUGAGAGAACCUGGAAUGAUCGAAGAAUUGGGGCCGGAUAUAACUGAUUUAGUAGAAAGGCACUUCUCUGCUCUAGAUUAA